CCUUCGUAGUAACUCCCGUGGGCCAAUGCUUUCUUAUUUGGACACAGACUGCUGUUCGGGAGCGGUCUUGUAGCAGGGUCACCGAGGAAAAGACGUUCAAAAGGCUUACGAAGAAAGCAUUUCAAUUUGGGAUACUUAUUUCCAGCUGGAAAUGGGGAAUGGACUGUCAGACCAGACUUCUAUACUGUCCAGCUUGCCGUCAUUUCAGUCCUUCCACAUUGUUAUUCUGGGUUUGGACUGUGCUGGAAAGACAACUGUAUUAUACAGACUGCAGUUCAAUGAAUUUGUAAACACCGUACCUACCAAAGGAUUUAAUACAGAGAAAAUUAAGGUAACCUUGGGAAAUUCUAAAACGGUCACUUUUCACUUCUGGGAUGUAGGUGGUCAGGAGAAAUUAAGGCCCCUGUGGAAAUCAUAUACCAGAUGCACAGAUGGCAUUGUGUUUGUUGUUGACUCUGUUGAUGUUGAAAGAAUGGAAGAAGCCAAAACUGAACUUCAUAAAAUAACUAGGAUAUCAGAAAACCAGGGAGUCCCUGUACUUAUAGUUGCUAACAAACAAGACCUAAGGCAUUCAUUGUCUCUAUCUGAAAUUGAGAAAUUGUUAGCAAUGGGUGAACUGAGCUCGUCAACUCCUUGGCAUUUGCAGCCUACCUGUGCAAUCAUAGGAGACGGACUAAAGGAAGGACUUGAGAAACUACAUGAUAUGAUAAUUAAAAGAAGAAAAAUGUUGCGGCAACAGAAGAAGAAAAGAUGAAUUGUAAUGCCUUUUAUAUCUGUGUGGAGUAGGUUUUCUUUGGUUUGAUUUUGACAAAUGGGAAGAGUGUCUACAGCCUGGAUUGCCUGCCUGCCCUCCUGGAUGCUGUUAAAGCUUUGUUUUGUUGUUGAACAAUCAGAUGCCCAACUCAGUUGCCUUUUGGAAGAUGAGUAAAUGCAGGGCUUCUUAAAGUGGUCUCUCUUUCACUUCCCACCCCACAAGUCUUCUGGUACUACCAUUUUUGGAAGCCAAACAAGGAUAGUAAAUUGACCUGGAAACAGUUGUGGAAAAUUUGACCCUUCAGGUCAAAUUUAGUGAAAUAAAACUUUAAAGAGUG